AUGGGCAAGGACCGUGUCGAAAAGAAGGAGAAGAAGGAGAAGAAGGAGAAGCGUGCCGACAAGGACGGUGUCGCCAAGGUCAAGAAGGAAAAGAAGGAAAAGAAGGAUAAGACCGUUCUCGCCGAUGCGGUAGAGAAGGAGAUUGCCUCCCAGGAGAUGGAGGGUGUUGAGGCUUCUUCUCCCGUCAAGCCCGAGGCUGAGGUUGAGGACGUUGAGAUGGCCAUUGACCGUCCCACCGGUGCUCAUGUGCCUUUCGCCAACCCUCUGGUUGAGGAUAAGAACGCCAAGAAGGUCCUCAAGAGCGUCAAGAAGGCCGCUGUCAACAAGUCCCUCAAGCGCGGUGUUAAGGAAGUCGUCAAGGCUCUCCGCAAAUCUCCCAUUCCCGCCGCCAACGUUUCCGUCGAGAUCCCCAGCGGAGUCGUUAUUCUCGCCGCCGAUAUCUCCCCCAUGGAUGUCAUCUCUCACAUUCCCGUCUUGUGCGAGGACCACGGUAUUCCCUACGUUUUCGUCUCUUCCCGCGCCGAGCUCGGUGCCUCCGCCGCCACCAAGCGCCCCACCAGUGUGGUUAUGGUGACCCCCCAGUCUGCCAAGAAGAACAAGAAGGAUCUCGAUGCCGGUGCCGACAGCGAGGACUUCAGCAAGGUCUUCGAGGAGCUCAGCAAGCUUGCGGAGAAGGAGCUCAAGAAGGUGACCGUUUAA